AAAUUAUCUUUGGUUUUGUUUACUCGAAGAAUCAUAUAACACGAUUACUUACAUCACACGAUCACACGAUAUCAGUUCGAAUUAGUUUGAAGGCCAGCUAUAGACUAACAAAUUCCAUCACUACACAUGGUGCUAUUUGGGUUUCGAUCAACGCUACGCCGUUUGUUUACUGCUUCAAGUUUGACAGCGAAAAACGUCAGCGGCGCCCUUCGGCAGCAAAACAAAACAUUCGAGAAAUUCCUUCACGACUCCUCCCAAACAGUGAGACCCACUUUCCCUCUUUUGACUCAUCGUUCCCGUGAAUUUUUCAAAAUAGGUUCCAGAAUGAGCUCUUCGCCGGAGGGACAGGAUAUGUUGGAUGCCCUGGCGUACAACUGCAGUAAGCUGUCGAACGACCUGUGGGAGGCAACCGGCCCGAACGAGAAACGAAAACUGGUGGCAGAGUAUCUGAAAAGUGCCGAUCGCGACAGCAAGAGCAUCAAGGACUUCAGCGAAGACUUGGAUUGGUUCAACGUGACGGAACCACUCUCGUUCGAGGGCUCACUACGAGGAAAAAUCGUAGUGCUUGACUUUUUCACGUACUGUUGCAUAAAUUGUAUGCAUAUUCUGCCCGACUUGAAGAGACUCGAGCAUCUGUAUUCGAUCGAGGAUGGAUUGGUUGUGAUUGGAGUUCACAGCGCCAAAUUCGAGAACGAGAAGAACUCUGCGAACAUUCGGUCGGCGGUACAGAGGUACGAAAUAACUCAUCCAGUGGUCAACGACGUUCGCUCCUCGAUGUGGAGGAAUCUUCAUGUGCAAUGUUGGCCCACGCUGUUGAUUUUAGGUCCGCGAGCGAAUCCAAUAUUUGUGGUGAUGGGUGAAGGACAUUUCGAUGAUUUGAAGUUGUACGUCAGCUCGGCGCUUAAAUUCUACAAAGACAAAGGAGCUAUCCAGAGCCACGCGCUGCCUAUAAAUCUAACGACCAAUCUAGUCGAAAGUAGUCAUCUUCAGUUCCCCGGCAAAAUUGCGUGCAUCAGUGGACCGUCCGAUAAUGACAAUCCAAUUUACGCGAUUUCAGACUCUGGCAAUCACCGUAUUCUGGUUGUGAACAGCGAGGGUACUGUUUUGCACCGCAUUGGUGGCAGGAAGCCGGGAUUUGUUGAUGGCGAUUUUAAAAAGGCUCGAUUCAAUGCUCCUCAAGGUGUGGCAUUUCAAAGCAACGACGUGUUAUUUGUAGCGGACAACGAAAACCAUGCAAUUCGAAAAAUUGAUUUCGAGAACAAACAAGUGACCACCGUUGUGGGCACAGGACAGCAGGGAUGCGAUCGAAUCGGAGGCAAAUCGGGUCGAGAUCAGAUUCUUUCGUCCCCUUGGGAUGUUGCCGUAUACCGUACUAAAGAUUUGGACAUGUCAUUCCAUUCGGAUGAAACUAGGGUUCCGCAGAAGGAUGUGGUGCUGAUUGCCAUGGCAGGGAUCCAUCAGAUAUGGGCACUGUUCUUGGAGGAAACCAUUUGGUGGAAGUUUAGAAAAUACUCGGCUGGUAGUUGUUUAGCAAUUGCUGGAAAUGGUCGGGAAGAGAAUAGGAACAACAUAUAUCCCAACAAUGCGGCAUUUGCACAGCCGUCCGGCUUGACGACCAAUAGGGAUGCCAAGGAGCUCUAUCUAGCGGAUAGUGAGAGCUCUUCGAUUCGAAAGAUUUCUCUGAGCGAUGGAAAAGUUGUUGCUGUUGCGGGUGGCGACCGGAAUCCUCUGGAUCUUUUCUCGUUCGGUGACGUGGAUGGAAAACAGUUUGCGGCGAAGUUUCAACACCCACUCGGAGUGGCCUUCAAUUCCAAAGACAACUGCAUCUACGUGGCGGACACCUACAAUCACAAGAUUAAGAAAAUCAACGCCACGACUAACGUGGCAACGACAUGUGUUUUCUUGGAGGACUGUGGCUCUACGAGAACGUUCAGUGAGCCGGCAGGUCUCUGCGUGGAUCCCACUGGUCGCUAUCUGUUUAUCGCCGACACCAACAACCAUCAGAUUAUGGUGGCCGAUCUGUCCGAUAUGAGCAUACGCCCGUUGAAAAUAAAAUUCAAUGCCCAGCUAGCAGAGUCCGCGGAUCAUCCUGGUGACAUCUACGUAUACGAGGGUACAUUUAAAGUGCUGCCCGACGGGGGCAAGGUGAAUCUGAAGCUCGAAUUUGGCUACCUUGAAUCGAACAUAAAAUUGACCGCGGGAGCGCCCCAAAGAUGGUCCCUAGCACUUCCCUCGGACGCGUGGCGGUGCGAUACGAUGAGCGGUACAAUCAACUCCCUCAACGAUGGACUUACUCUCGAUGUCGUGGUUCCGAAGGGAAGCGAACAGCAAAAACCGGUUCAGAGCACUGUAAACUUCAAGCUGAAUCUCUGCGCCGGGGAUGUGUGCUUUCCGAAAGAGUUUCAACUGGGGCUUAACUUUGCCCAUGACGUUACCGGAGCGAGUGCGGCAAAGGGAAGCUUGAUGGUUCAGAUAGGGAGAAAAAAUGUAGUCGUUUCCAAGGAGUGAAUUUUGUAACUGCAUUUUGAGUUUAAAACUUUAUCGCAUAGUACCUUAAAAGUGGAAGUUCAACCAACACUUGGACACAAUCAGUCAGCUAACAACACAAACUAGUGAAUUAAUUGCAGAGUUCAUUUUUUUUAUAAACGCCUAACAUUGCUCUUAUCUGUUGUGACGAAAAUAAAAGUUUAUUUACUGCAGCGCAAAUAA